CGCUAACUUGCCUUGGUAAACACGAGCCCGGAGGAGCCGGACGAGCAGCGGUGGCGCCUUAAUAUCAAAGUUUAAUGCUUUGUGGAAAAAAUAGUGCACAUCACUGACCCGUUUGUGUUCAACAGAGUAGCAGAAGCGCAUAAAACGCCGCCCACGCGGAGGGAUUUGAUCUGUUUUAGCCGGCUAGCGUGCUAACAUUAGCUUAGGUUAGCCGAGAGAAGAGCACUGCGGCUCCCGAACCUAAACCUGCACGCAAUGUCGCUGGUGGACCUCGGGAAGCGUCUGCUGGAGGCGGCGCGGAAAGGUCAAGACGAUGAGGUCAGAAACCUGAUGGCCAACGGAGCGCCGUUCACCACCGACUGGUUGGGGACCUCCCCCCUGCAUCUCGCCGCCCAGCACGGCCAUUACUCCACCGCCGACGUGCUGCUGAGGGCCGGGGUGAGCAGAGACGCCCGCACCAAGGUGGACCGCACGCCGCUGCACAUGGCCGCCGCCGAGGGACACACUGUCAUAGUAGAGCUGCUGGUCCGGAGCGGAGCGGACAUCAACGCCAAAGACAUGCUGAAGAUGACGGCGCUGCACUGGGCGGCGCAGCACGGACACCACGGCGUCGCCGAGACGCUCAUCAAACACGGCGCCGACGUGCACGCGCUCAGCAAGUUCGACAAGUCGCCGUUUGACAUCGCCGCCGACAUCCAGAACACGGAGCUGAUGCUGCUGCUGCAGGAGGGCAUGCAGAACCAGGUGAACAUGAACCAGGUGAGCAUGAACGUGGAGACGAGCAGCACCAACCAGCCGCAGUUCAUCAUCCAGGGAAUCCCGUCCAUCCAGGGAGGGGUGGUCAACCUGGCCGAGCUGCUCAACAAGGCCAACGCAGGCGACUCGGAGGAAGCGAUGGCCGCUAGCGCUCUGGACUCCAACAUCCAGCACGCCACCGUCGUCAACGAGGCCGGUCAGAGGGUCAUCACCAUAGUAACGGACCCGCGCCACAGGCAACCUGCAUACCACCGCGCGCGCCCCCUUCUUGUUGAAGGAGCGCGGGGAAGAGAGGGGGUCACCAUUGCCCCACUCUGGUUGUUGGCGGUGCCGGCCAACACCGUGACGGAGGAGGUGGUGACUGAGGAGCCUCAGCCUCCGCCCUCCAGGAAGAGGAAGCUGGAGGUGACCAACAACCACAACGACACGGGAGAGACGGAGCUGCUGCAGAGGCAGCUGCUGGAGGCCAACAGGAAGGCCCAGGAGUACCGGACGCAGCUGAUGCGUAAGGAGCAGGAGGCCGAGCAGUACCGCAUCAAGCUGGAGGCCAUGUCCCAGAGCCAGACCACCAUCAACAACAACAACAACAACGCCGCCGCCGGGGGCAACGCUGCCAGUCCCGAGGAAGUGGUGGGCGGCGACGAGGAGGACGAAGAGGAAGAGGAGGCGUCCGGCGCGAUGGUGGAGGAAGGAGAGAUGGUGGUGCUGCAGGACGGAGGGAUCAUCAUGGAGGGGGAGGAGGGGCAGGUCACGCUGGUGGAGACGGGCGGAGAGACCACCGAGGUCAGCUCCUAACGGGAGAGGAGAGACAGAUCAUAAACGGGAGGGGUUUGAGUCACAGCGGGAGGAUUUAAAGUGUGUGAAUCGUUCCCACGAAAAGACGGCGGAGAGGAGAGACUGAAUGGCUCGCUUUCGUGAGAACACAGCGAGACGAUUUAAAAGACCAAUGGAAACAAAAGACUGGCUGGCCUAAA